CAAGUCUCAGGCAACCCCGGUCGUUCCUCGCGUGAAGUGCCUUCAACCGCAAAGCCAUGCCUUCCAAAGCGUGCUCGAUGGCCUUGGCCGGUGCCGGCGCCUAUGCAGCCACAGCCUUCCUAGCGCCGGUGAGCCCAAACGUGAAGCAGCCAGAGGUGCGCCACUUGCGUCAGCAGCCGGCGGCUGGCGAGGCUCCAUCUGCGACAGGUUUGUUGGCGCUGGGUGCCGCGGGCGUUGCAGUGGGCUGUGCCCAGGCGGGCCGUUCUCGCCAGUCUCGGCGCUGCCAGGUGGUGCGCCAGGGCACCGCGGUGGCAGAGAAGACCUUCACCAAGAUGCCCGCCUCUGUGAAGCCCGGAGUGGUCACUGGCCAGGCCCUGGUGGAUUUGCUGAACUACGCCAAGGAGAACGAGUUCGCCAUCCCCGGUGUGAAUGUGGUGAGCUCCAGCUCCGUGAACGCUUGCAUGGAGGCGGCCAAGAAGGCUGGUGGCCCUGUGAUGGUCACCUUCUCCAAGGGUGGUGGCCAGUUCCUGGCGGGCAAGGCCGCUGACAACACGGAUGAUGCCGCCUGCAUUGCGGGCACCGUGGCGGGUGCGCUUCAUGUGCGCCAAGUCGCCAAGUUGUAUGGAGUGCCCGUGAUCCUGCACACCGACCACUGCCAGAAGGCGUGGUUGCCUUGGUUCGAUGGCCUGAUCGAGGCAAGCGAGGAGUACUUCGAGAAGUAUGGUGAGCCGCUCUUCUCGUCCCACAUGCUUGACCUUUCUGAGGAGCCUUUGGAAGAGAACAUCUCCAUUUGCAAGAAGUACUUGGAGCGCAUGGCCAAGAUCAACCUCCUUUUGGAGAUGGAGCUUGGUGUGACCGGCGGUGAAGAGGACGGCGUGGACAACACUGACGUGGACUCGUCCCGUCUCUACACUCAGCCUGAGGAGGUCUGGCAAGUCUAUGAGACCUUGUCCUCCGUGCCCAACGGGAACUUCACCGUGGCUGCUGCCUUUGGGAACGUCCAUGGUGUCUACGCGCCGGGGAAUGUCAGCUUGAAGCCAGUGAUCCUGCACAACACUCAGAAGUUCAUCAAGGAGAAGCUGGGCUGCGACAGUGACAAGCCAGUGUCCUUCGUCUUCCAUGGCGGCUCUGGCUCCUCCCUGGAAGACAUCCGCUAUGCCAUCGAGGCGGGUGUGGUGAAGAUGAACAUCGACACGGACACCCAGUGGGCCUUCUGGGAUGGCAUGAACGAGUACCAGAAGAAGAACAAGGACUACCUGCAGGCGCAGAUUGGAAACCCUGAGGGCGCUGAGAAGCCCAACAAGAAGUACUACGACCCUCGUAUGUCCUUGCGCUCGGGUGAGGAAUCCAUGGCCGAGCGCUUGGUGAAGUGCAUGGAGGAUCUCAAGUGCAUUGACCGCCUUUGA